GCAGAUGCCAACAUGAAGCUCUCGGGAAUCCUGGCUGUGCUUUUGCUCGUCUAUACUGAACGGAGCGGUUUCAGGAUGUGUCAUCCCAAACUGGCCUGUCGCUACCCUCCCUCCCAGUGGUGUAGGUCCCUGGAAAUAGCGAUAGAAUGCAGGGUGGAGAAACAGUGUAUGGAGGUUAAUGCUACCAGGUCAAACCAGGCUGUCCCUGGAGUAUCUGUCACACUGUACUAUGAGAGUCUGUGUCCAGACUGCAGAGAAUUUAUCACUCAGCAGCUUUUCCCCACCUGGACAAUGCUGCAGGACAUCAUGGCUGUCACACUGGUGCCCUAUGGGAAUGCUAAGGAGCUUCGCUCAGCAAACUCUCCCUUCACCUGUCAGCACGGAGAGUCUGAAUGCAGAGGAAACAUGAUCGAGGCCUGCAUCCUCCAUUUAACCGAACACUCUCUUGCAUUUCACAUCAUCUACUGCAUGGAGUCAUCUGCAGAUGUUCUGAGCGCUGUGCAGUCUUGUCUCCGGCUGUAUGCUCCCUCUGUGCCCUGGUCCAGAGUUGACUCGUGUGUCAAAGGAGAUCUGGGAUACCAGCUGAUGCGUGCCAACGCUCUUAUGACCAGAGCCCUGAACCCUGCACACACACAUGUGCCCUGGAUAACCUUCAAUGGGGAAUACACAGAAGAGAAUGAAGACAAAGCAAUGUCAUCCCUUUUCCAACUGGUUUGUCAUCUCUACAAGGGGGUGAAACCUGCAGCCUGCACUGGAGCUCCCGUCCGGCUUGACAGAAGCUUCUGCUGAACAUGAAAAAUAAAGUUAUAUGUCAGUCCUACAGGCAAACAGCCAAAUGUGACACGUUAAAUUAGCCAUACUAAUGAUUAAUUUGUAUCAGUGUU